AACUGUGGUAUAAACAACAAUUGGUUAUUUUUACAGUCAUAUCAAGAAGAACAUGGAAAAUUGAGACAUUUGUUAUUACAAAAGGACAAUGAAUUUCGUAAUAAAAUAUCUACGUUAGAGCAACAAUUAUUACGUCAACGAGAACGAUCAAUGGCUCUCAUCGAAGAAAAGGAUAAAGAAAUUUUAACUUUAAAAACAUCUUUUCACGCAUUAUUACCCAAAAAGGAAAAUACCGCAGAAAGGAAGCUAAAUGCAUCAAAAUGUGAAAAUGGAACAGAGCCUAUUACCGAUUUAGUAACAGGAUUAUUAACAAAUGACAGUCCUCCAAUAUUGCAUUACAGUCAAGAGUUAGCAAGAAAAGAGGUGCAAGUAUCAGCAUCUAGAAAAAAAGUUUUAGAAUUAGAAGCAACAUUACGGGAAAAACAAAGAGAAGUCAUAUAUAUAAAGGAGAAACAGAAAGAAAAUGUAAAAGCUUUGCAAGCUCAGAUUGCGAGGCUCGAAGCUUGCAAGUCUAGGGAAGGUGCAAAUCUUGAAUAUUUGAAAAAUGUUUUUAUAAAUUAUUUAACUACAAGCGAUGUUUCUAGUAAACGUCAUAUGCUAAACGCUAUUUCUACAGUAUUGCGUUUUACUGUGGAAGAAUUAAAUAAGGUAAAGCACUAAUUCAUAUUAUGGAAUUGUAUAAAAAAAUUAGUAGCUGAUCUAAUAUAUAUCAUAAAAUUUAUUUAUUUUGUUAUAUUUUCGGUGCUAUCUCAAAUGAUAUUUGAGUACAUUAUACUAAUAAUGCGUUCAUAAAUAAAAGUUAAAUCUAUUAUCUGUAAUUAUUUAUGCAAGGGCACUUCCGACCGAUUUCGGUGACCUUGAAAUACGUUGUCGAAGACAUAAUCCUGAAUAGCUUUUCCCUAUACAUGUUACCGUCGCUCGGUCUUAGCUUCGGUGAUAUACGCAAAGGUAUUUUUAUCACUAUGUACUUUUAAGGGGGUAUUAUCCUAUGAAUUCUUAUUAAGUUCAAGAUGUAGUCCAACGUUGUAACUGUUUUUCGUAGUUUACUUUGUUACUUCUUCCUCAUACAUAAUCAUUUUGUAUACAGUUUUAAUUAAUUGCCUCUUGGUUUUAUUUUACCCACAAUAAAUUAGCAUUUAGAGGUCGUAUCUCACUGAUGUAGGUGAUUAGAACUUUAGAUAGACUAAAACAAAAAUAUCAAGAAGAUUCUUAAUCAAUAGGUCUAUCUUUAACGUAUGUACUGAAAUAAAUAAUUUAUGUCGAAGAUUGGCAAAAUGAUGAGAGCUUAAGUUGCAAAUUUUUAAGUUUCAUUCUUAUUUCGAUGAUUGUUAAAUAAAACAAACAUGAUAUAUUCAACGUAAAAAUAAAGUAAAUUAUUUAUUUUGAUAUGAACAAUAACAAUAAACCUAUUGAUUAAGAAUUUUCUUGAUCUUUUUGUUUUAUAUAUAUAUAUAUAUAUAUAUAUGUAAUAACUAAUAAUAUAUAUAAUAUAUGUAUGUACCUAGUACCUAUAUAUAUAUGCUUCACAUGCAACCUAGUGAUAAUCACGCAUGCUCUUAGUGCUAGAAUUAUACACAAAAGCACGUUUGGUAGUGCAUAUACAUAAACAAUAUCGAAUUUACGAUAUACUUACAAAAUUAAAUGAAAUAAAAAUUAAGUCAUGCCAGCGCGAGGAUAUUAGUCUUCACCAAGUUACGACCCAUCGAUUUGUCUUUUUCUGUUUACAUUAAAGAUGAUUAUCAUCAGCGAGUUAAGUUUAGGGGGAGUUUAUGCGGUCGUUUACAUCAGAGUGAAGUAAAAAUUAAGAUUGAUUUAAGCUUUUUCUUGAAAGUAUCGAAAACUAAGGUUGAGCGGCGGUAAUAUGUAUGUGGUAAAGUUGUUCAGAAUAAAGAUUUUGACAACAUAUCUCAAAGUCAUUGAAAUCGGCGGGCAGCAAUACCCCUUUGUAAAUAAUUAUCCUAUAAAUGAUUAUCAAUUAUAUAUUGUAUAUGUAUGUAUAUGUACAUAUAUAAUUAUCUUCCGAGAUUCAUGUUAAACCAUCUAUGCAUUAUAAGAAACGAUAUGAAAUCAUUGCAAGACAUUCCUUGCAUUAGUUCUAUGAGUUUAAGAUAUUUGAAAGAUAUAUAAAAUGAUACAACUAGAAGAAGGGUUGUAGUACUCUUAUAGUUUAAAGAUGUUUAGAUUUCUUAUCGAGAUAUGUAAAUAAAUUAUAACUUGUACUUUAAGCAAACGUAUAUUAUUAUUUCAAAAGGAUACUAUUGUUUCUUUAAUAGUAAGGGUGACGGUAAAAAACAUUAAUAUUGAAACGGAAAGCGAUUUGAAAUAAAAUUGUCAUACAAUUGUAUGCACCUUCAUGCAUACUUUUUGUAAGUAUAUGCAGGAAGAAAUAAAAUAUAAAAUUUA